GGAGUGAGUCAUGUGUGACAGGCAAUUCUGCUUCCUGGAGGAGAGCUGUCCAUCUUAUAAAAGCCAGCUGGCUCUCGCCUUCACAGCGACCCGAGUGGCGAGACAGACUGCUCUUCUCUGAGCACCAGGCCCAGCCGUCACUGAAGCAUGAGUUCCGAGCAGCAGAAGCAGCCCUGCGCCCUACCCCCUCAGCUGCAGCAGCACCAGGUGAAGCAACCUUGCCAGCCUCCACCCCAGGAACCAUGUGUCCCCCAAACCAAGGAGCCCUGUCACACCAAAGUGCCUGAGCCCUGCCAGCCCAAGGUGCCUGAGCCCUGCCAACCCAAGGUGCCUGAGCCCUGCCAGCCCAAGGUGCCUGAGCCCUGCCAACCCAAGGUGCCUGAGCCUUGUCAAUCCAAGGUUCCUGAGCCCUGCCAACCCAAAGUGCCUGAGCCCUGCCAACCCAAGGUGCCUGAGCCCUGCCAACCCAAGGUGCCAGAGCCCUGCCCCUCGACAGUCACUCCAGCACCAGCUCAGCAGAAGACAAAGCAGAAGUAACAUGGUCACAGCCACACCUUGAAGAGGCAACCACUGGAUGUCCCUUUUCCGUUUUGCUCAGGUGUCCCAUUUUUCUGUUGACCUUAUGAUUAACAUAAGUCAUCAUCCCUCCCUCUUUGAACCCCCCAAAAAGACAUCCCUCACACUCUUCUAUGGAAGGUUCCCGAGCCUCUGAAGGUGACUGCAAGUCUCACUGGAUGAGUAGGUCUUCCAGGGGCUCAGGGUUAAUCUGAAGAGGAAUGUUGGGAGGGGUCAAGGGACUCUUCCCUGUUCUGCCCUCAUUAAAUCACUUUUAACUCCACAA